AUGUUACAAAGAAUACAUAAUACAGAUACUAUUCUAGACAACUGUAAUACUGUGAUAAGAUUAACACAGGAAAUUAAGAAUAACCUUAAUCCAAAACAAGAAAUACACAUAGAAAUUCCACAAUCUCCUAAUAAUAACAUUUAUUCCUCAAAAGGUUUUGAAACGCCUUCUACUAUGACAUAUCAACAAGAUAGUUUCCAGAGUCUAAUACACAAUAGAAGUGAUACUUCUAUUCAAAAUGAGUCUAAAGUUGAAGAUUUAAAAACUGAACCAGUGUAUAAGUUAUACAUUUCUAUUGAAGAAGCAAUGAAUGGAUGUCAUAAAUUAGUACCAUUAUAUGACUCUGAAGGCAAUGAGGAAAUUAUUAUUGUUGAUUUAUGUCCAGGAGUUAACGAUAGAGAAACAUUUAAUUGGGGUGAAAAAACAGUUGAAGUACGUUAUAUUAAACAUCCUUAUUUAUCAAGAAGAGGUAAUGAUUUGAUUAUUGACAAAAAAGCACUUUUAAAAGGAGUUCAACAUCCAAGAAGUAAUAGAACAUUUAACGAAAAAGAUGAAGAACAAUUAAAAAGUCUUAGAGGUUUUCAAAAUGGAACAGUAAUAAUUGAAUAA